AUGGCCAAGGCCAAACCAUCCAACAUCCGCGCGGAUGCCGAUCCAUCCAACCCUCCGCGAAUAAAUGAGGAAGACCGCGGGCUCCUCGAUUCUGGGGGCUUUUCCGACGAGGAAGAAGAUGACAUUAUAGUUCAUCCCGGCGAUGGACAGGCACGAAGUAAAUCACGAAGCUCAGAGCGAAAUGCACACGCUGGAGGACGAACACCACGUACACCGAAUCGAGUACAUUUCGAUAUACCAACCCCCGAAAAUGAACGUCCUCCAUCCUACUCCCCUCCCCUCUCGGGACGUCGCGACAGGCCCCAACAACAAUUCACACCUCUCCUUACCAAUAUCGAAGCUCCAUCUGUCGCCCUUGCCAACUCGCCAUGGGGCGAGGAAGAGUUCGAAGAUUGGGCUGAGCGCGAACGCUCCCGGCCGAAAUCAGGACUGAGGAGCGCAUUCAUGAAUAUGGCGAAUUCGAUCAUCGGCGCGGGCAUUAUUGGUCAACCUUAUGCUUUUAAACAAGCGGGGCUUCUCGCUGGAGUUAUGCUGUUGAUUGGGUUGACGAUCACCGUGGAUUGGACUAUCAGGCUUAUUGUGAUCAAUUCAAAACUGAGUGGACGAGACAGUUUUCAGGGUACUGUGGAGUUUUGCUUUGGGAAGUCGGGGUUGAUUGCUAUCAGUAUUGCGCAGUGGGCAUUCGCAUUUGGAGGCAUGGUUGCGUUUGGGAUUAUUGUGGGAGAUACUAUUCCGCAUGUUUUUCUAGCGAUUUGGCCCGGUUUGACGGAUGUUCCUGUGUUAAGUCUGCUAGGGGACAGGAGGGCUGUUAUUGUGGUCUUUAUACUGGGAGUCAGUUACCCGCUGAGUUUGUAUAGGGACAUUGCAAAGUUGGCAAAAGCGAGUACACUGGCGUUGAUUAGCAUGAUGGUCAUCCUUUUUACGGUGGUCACCCAAGGUUUCUUCGUUCCCGUUGAAUCGAGAGGUACAUUCGACUCGUCUUUACUUCUGGUAAAUGAUGGGAUAUUUCAAGCAAUUGGUGUAAUAUCAUUUGCAUUUGUCUGCCACCACAACUCCCUCCUAAUAUACGGUUCUCUCAAAACUCCUACACUCGACCGUUUUGCCCGUGUAACCCAUUACAGCACUACCAUCUCCAUGUUCGCAUGUCUUCUCAUGGCUCUAUCAGGUUUCCUAACCUUCGGCUCCUUAACCCAAGGGAAUGUCCUCAACAACUUCCCAACCAGCAACACCAUGGUCAAUAUCGCCCGUCUGUGUUUUGGUCUAAACAUGCUCACCACCCUCCCCCUCGAAGCCUUCGUCUGCCGAGAGGUUAUGUUCAACUACUACUUCCCCGCCGAACCUUUCAAUAUGAAUCUCCACCUCAUAUUUUCAACCGCUCUCGUCGUAUCUGCAAUGAUGCUGUCCCUAAUCACAUGUGAUCUAGGCGCCGUAUUCGAGCUUAUAGGUGCAACGAGUGCCUGCGCGUUAGCAUAUAUCCUUCCACCAUUAUGUUAUAUUAAACUGAGCACCCGCUCCUGGAGAACUUUUGUUGCAAUGGGGGUUGUGGCGUUUGGGACUGCGGUUAUGGGAAUCAGUCUCGUCCAGGCUGUUGCUAAGAUUAUUAGAAAUGAAGGGGGGACGGCGCAGUGUCAUUAA